GUACAGUGCGAGACCCCUAAGAAAGCCGAAUGAAAAUCAAGAUAGGAGUUAUCUACAUUAGAUGGCCUUUCACAGCCGGGGGAAUGUGAAACAUUGAAAUGCAAAUACGCCGCCUUGCCAGAUUUGGUUUGUCAAACCAUUGCGGGGGAUGUAGACGUAGUCUACUGGAUUAGGGCAAAGUCUGGAACUGAUCGAUCGGUGUGUAAACAAUGGCUCGAACUAAGUACUUACCACUUUCCCACACUUUUUAAUCGCUUCCAGCCCAGUGUCACAGCUGUGCGAGCUUGGGCAACCGAAAAUUUGACGACGACCGUCUAUGAAUACAUAAGGAAAUGUUGCAUAAAUAAUAGCUAGUCCCGAUCGCGUGAAAAGGGAAAACAGAGUUCCAGCUGACUUUUCAGUCUUAAGGCAGCUCACGUCGAUACAAAGUCUACAUGUGUCACAACAGCAACAUCGGCCAAUAAUUUAAAUGCUCCGCGGCGGCAAUUGAAGGGGCAGCAAUUAACAAAGACCACUGCAACUUAGAGGAAUAGAGGAAAAUCACUUAUAAGCAUAUAGAUAUUUAGCUCCUGCAACAAAAUGAAGAAUCGCCAGCGGCCGCGCCGAAUAUCGCUAAAUGAAAACCACAACAAAUACUUGGGCAGCGGCAACAUCGAUGUACAAAUAUUUACCAAUACAAAAGAGCCCAAUCAAGUCAAUUUAAAUUCAUCGUCAAAGCUGCUGACAACUACAGUAACGACGACCUCAGCGGAGGCUGCUCUUCCCGCUUCGCUUCCAGCUGCCCAGAUAGCGCAGCAGCAACCUCUGAAAGCACAACAGCAACAUCUACAGCAGCAGCAGCAGCAACAACAGCUGAUUGUGCCGCCCACAACGAUGACGGGCAAGUAUUUUCCAUCGCACGCCAAACUGCGAAAAUGCAAAUCGACACCGAGUCUCAUUUUUGAUGGCUUGGAGCCCAUGAAGGAGGACCCCCACUGUCAUAGCAUUUCCCCAUUUCCACGGAACCCCGUCUCGGAGGCUAAACAAAUGCAGCAAAAUGAACAAUUAUCACGCAUCACCAACAACGAUUGCUGCUGCAACGGCAUCAAUGGCAACAUCGGCAACAGCAACAAGUGCAACAGCAAUGCGACGCCAACGACACCGGAGUCAUUGCGCUUUGGAUGCGCUCACUACAAGCGACGGGCUAUGUUUGUGACCCCCUGCUGCAACAAGUUCUACAAGUGCCGCUUCUGCCACGACGAGAACGAAACGCACCACUUCGAUCGCAAAACCCUCACCGAGUUGAUCUGCUCCGAAUGCAACACGCGGCAAACAGUCCGAGAACAGUGCGAGAAUUGUGGAGUAAGAUUUGGCAAGUACACCUGUCUGAUCUGCAACCUCUUCGACGACGCAGACAAGCAGCAGUACCAUUGUCAUGGAUGUGGAAUUUGUAGGAUUGGAGGUGCCGAAAACUUCUUCCACUGCGAGGUUUGCAACAUGUGUCUACCAAUCCAGUUGAAGAUCGAUGGCCACAGGUGCGUGGAGAACAUUUCGCGAUCCCACUGCCCAGUCUGUCUGGGGGACAUCCACACCUCGCGCAUUCCCUGCCAUAUUCCCGAUUGCGCCCACCUUCUCCACAAGAUGUGCUUUGACCAGCUGCUGGCCUCCGGCCACUACACCUGUCCCACCUGCCAGACCUCUCUCAUCGACAUGACGGCUCUGUGGGAGUACCUGGACGACCAGGCGGAGCGAAUGCCGGUGCCGUUGAAGUACGAGAAUCAACGAGUGCACAUAUUCUGCAACGAUUGUCACAAGACUUCAAAAACCAAAUUCCAUUUCAUCGGGCUCAAGUGCGUGCAUUGCGGCGCCUACAAUACAACUCAGGAUGUGAAGCGUCGCCUGUCCUUGGUCACAGAUGAGCCAUCCUCGGCCUAAUGUCCACUGAUUCACCCCACACUACUCCAGUAUCAGCCUCCACAACAGCAUCAGCAACAGGAAAUCUCUUGCCAUGCUACCCACAUCAGAAGAAACUAAUUUGUUAGUUAAACACAAACACAACUGAAAUCGAAACGCAUUGAAUUUAGACCGAAUUCGAGCUGGUAUCGAAUAUAAACCAUAUAAACACAAUCAAAAGGCUCCCUAAAUCGUUCGAAGCCCCUGGAGGUUUAAAAAUCCUAAUUAGGGUUACUGGUAAUAGUUACUUUGAAUAUUGUGAUAGGCCUAUAACAAAAAUUGCAUCCUAAUUAGUUUUCAAACCUCUAGGGAGUUCUGAACCCUUUACAUUAUGUACACCUUACACAUUGGUAACUACUAAAUUUCACUCGAAUUUUAAUUUGUUCUACGUGCAAAACAUAUUUCCUGUAAAACUCGAAUUUCUCAGCUCAAAUUUAAUUUUAGAAAAGAAAGUUCUGAAGAACCUUUGCAAACUCACAAAAUUCCGUUACUAUGAAUCAUAAUAAAAAACGUAAAAAAACAA